AUGGCAAAUAAACUCGCAGUGAAGAGGAACGAAACGAAAAGGAGCCUCGAAACUCUUCUCGAUUUGGACGAUACCUCGAAAAAUGGCGUCCCUCUCCAACCGCGCAACAUGAUUCCCGGCCAUGGCUUGGAGUUCAAGAACCUUUCUUAUAGUAUCAUAAAGAAGCAGAAAAGAGAAGGGGUUUGGAUUGACAAGCAAGCUUAUCUUCUCAAUGAUAUCUCUGGUCAAGCAAUGAGAGGUGAAGUUAUGGCCAUUAUGGGGCCUAGUGGAGCUGGUAAAUCAACGUUUCUUGAUGCCUUGGCUGGAAGAAUUGCUCAAGGUAGCUUGGAGGGUUCGGUUAGAAUCGAUGGAAGACCGGUUACAACAAGCUACAUGAAGAGGGUGUCGUCUUAUGUGAUGCAAGAUGAUCAACUGUUCCCAAUGUUGACUGUGUUUGAGACUUUCAUGUUCGCAGCAGAGGUCAGGCUUCCUCCUUCCAUUUCCGCUUCCGAAAAGAAGAAACGAGUUCAUGAGCUCCUUGCUCAACUUGGCUUACAGAGUGCAACACACACUUAUAUCGGGGAUGAAGGGAGGAGAGGUGUGUCCGGAGGAGAACGGCGUAGGGUUUCUAUAGGAAUCGAUAUAAUCCAUAAGCCAUCACUGUUGUUCCUUGAUGAACCCACCUCCGGUUUGGACUCAACCAGUGCCUAUAGUGUUGUCGAAAAAGUCAAGGACAUUGCUCGAGGUGGUAGCAUUGUUCUUAUGACCAUCCAUCAGCCUUCUUUCCGCAUUCAACUACUCCUUGAUCGCAUCACUAUCCUAGCAAGAGGAAGAUUAAUAUACAUGGGAAGCCCAGUCGGACUCUCAGCCCACCUAGCCGGCUUCGGCAGACCAGUACCAGACACCGAAAACAACCUCGAGUACCUCCUCGACGUAAUCAAAGAAUACGACGACGCAACCAUAGGACUAGACCCCCUCGUCCUCUACCAACGCGACGGCACAAAGCCAGACCAAGCAGCCCGAACACCAGUCCCCAAACCCCCCAGAGCCUCAAGAACACCAUACAGAUCAAGCGCCACCUCAGGUCUCUUUAGCAGGCACAUGAUCAGUCUCAAGAGCCAAGGCUUCUCCUCAUCGAACAUGACAUCUCGACCAGGCAUCGACUACGAUGACGAAGACGACGACGACGACAGUGAAGACUUCAACAAAUCCUUGGAACGCCGGCCACCGCAGACCCCACUUCACAGUGGAGUUUUCAGCACCAACCAACCUCCUUAUUUAGCUUCACAAUUCUACAAAGACUUUCCAGUUUGGGUUUACAACGGCGUUAGAGGAACCCCACGUCGGCCUCCGUCGUGGACUCCGGCGAGAACUCCUGGACAAACACCUGCCCGGAGAACGCCAAGGUCUGGCUCGAGAAGCUUCGUUUCGAGCAGUCAGUUUCCUACUCCUUAUCAGCCUAACCACCCCAAUAAUGGUUCCAUACCCAAAACCCCCUCGGCUCUCUACAACUCAUCUUCAUUCGUUGAAGAGUUCGAAAUGGAAGAGUUUGAUGACGACGACGACGAUGAAGAAGUACUCGAUGACUUUGAUCUCGGACCCAAGUAUGCAAAUCCAUGGCUGAGAGAAGUGCUCAUACUUUCAUGGAGGUCAGCACUGAACGUGAUCAGAACUCCGGAGCUUUUUCUCUCCAGAGAGAUUGUGUUAACAGUAAUGGCGCUGAUUCUGGCGAGUCUUUUCAAGCAUCUGAAUCAAGAUACUUUCAGAGACAUAAAUAGGCUUCUGAACUUCUACAUCUUCUCGGUUUGCCUGGUUUUCUUCUCAUCAAACGACGCCGUUCCGACGUUUAUACUCGAGCGUUUCAUCUUCAUAAGAGAGACUUCUCACAACGCUUACAGAGCUUCGUCUUAUGUCAUCUCCUCGCUCAUAGUUUAUCUGCCAUUUUUUGCUGUUCAGGGAUUCACUUUCGCGGCCAUAACCACUUUCAUACUCAAGCUCAGAGCUAGCAUACUCUACUUUUGGAUCAUUCUCUAUGCUUCUCUUAUCACCACCAAUGCUUACGUCAUGCUCGUCAGUGCACUUGUUCCAAGUUAUAUAACAGGAUACGCAGUAGUGAUAGCAACUACAGCCCUCUUCUUCUUGACAUGCGGCUUUUUCCUGAAGAGAACUCAAAUCCCCAUCUACUGGAGAUGGUUGCACUACUUGUCGGCGAUCAAGUACCCAUUUGAGGCCAUGUUGACCAACGAAUUCAAAGGAUCACGCUGCUACAAUGGCCCUCCUCAAGAUCUUUCGCCAGGUCCUUUGGGAGAAGUUAAGAUCAGUGAUUUGCAUAUUCAUAAUAUAACAGUGUUAAAACAACCAUGCAUGUUGAUUGGAGAAGAUGUGCUAUUCUCCAUGGAUAUCGAGCAUGAAAACUUGUGGUAUGAUGUCUUGAUCUUGCUCGCUUGGGGCGUUCUCUAUCGUCUCUUAUUUUAUGUGGUGCUUAGAUUUUAUUCCAAGAAUGUCAGGAAGUAAUGAAAUUAACUAUUUUGGGAGUGUUUGGUAUGGGGUAAAGUGAAUGUGAGAAUGAGAAUCUAAAACACUUCUUAUGUUUGGUUCAAUUUUUUAGGGGGUAAAGUUAAUAAUUUUUGUGAGUCUCACGUGUAUUUUAAGAGUAAAGUGAACUAUUUUAUACACUUGA